GCUGGGUGCACGUCUGGCAACUGCCAGGAAGUCAGAAGGUUCCGGCAAAGCAAGCAGCUAAGGCUAGACAGGAAACGACGCAGAUAUAAAAGUUAUGGCUUAUUAAAGGGAGUAACAUUCAAGAGAAAAAACUAACGUCAAAAUGACUGCGACUGGGGACAGAAAUAAUUGUGGGGAACCUCGGAAGUUUGACCCAACAUUUAAAGGCCCUGUUUAUAACAGGGGCUGCACUGAUGUUAUCUGCUGCAUCCUCUUCAUCUUGGCCCUGUUGGGGUAUUUUGUGGUGGGAAUACUGGCCUGGUCUCAGGGCGACCCCCGGAAGGUGAUCUACCCCACGGACAGCAGCGGUCAAUUCUGUGGUCAAGUGGGGACCAAGCUGGAGAAAAAGCCCUUCCUGUUUUACUUCAACAUCAUGAAGUGCGCCAGUCCCCUGGUUCUCCUGGAGUUCCAGUGUCCAACCACACAGAUCUGUGUGGAAAAGUGUCCGGAUCGCUUCAUGACCCUAAAGAAAGCCUACAAAAAUGAGCUAGAUAAGAAGUACUACAGCUCAUACUGCAAGGAAGGGGCCGACCUCUCCAGCUGGAAUCUGCUUAACAUCCUGAAGGGCCGUCUGUGUCCAGCCAUGCUUAUACCCAGCAGACCCUUUUCGCACAGGUGCUUCCCGGCUCUCAAAAAAAACGAUGAUGGCGUGAUUGUCGUGGGCAACCGAACGACAUUUCAAGACGGAUCAGAGACGACAAAUUCCACCGAUCUCCUGGAGGGGGCGAAGAGUUCUAUGAAAGUGAGGGAACUUCGGAUGGUGGCCAUGAAGAUCUUUGAGGAUUAUACCCAGUCCUGGCACUGGAUCCUUCUAGGCCUUGUGAUGGCCAUGAUCUUCAGUCUCAUUUUCAUUGUCCUCAUGCGCUUUUUGGCUGGAAUAAUGAUCUGGAUCAUGAUCUUCCUUGUCAUCGCGGUUAUCGGAUAUGGGAUCUUCCACUGCUACCUUGAGUAUUCCAGACUGAAGUUUGAGCCUGGUGCCAACAUCACCAUUCGGGAUCUGGGACUGCAGACCGAUUUUUCUGUCUACCUCGAAAUCCGCCAGACAUGGCUGGCCUUCUUGAUAAUUCUCUGCAUCUUGGAGCUGGUCAUUGUUCUACUGCUGAUCUUCCUCCGGAAGAGAAUCCUUAUUGCCAUCGCCCUCAUCAAAGAGGCCAGCAGGGCAAUUGGUUAUGUGAUGUCUUCGCUGUUUUACCCACUGCUGACCUUUGCCCUUGUCGCCCUGGUCAUCGCAUACUGGGCCGUCACUGCGGUCUUCCUGUCCACCUCUAAUGAAGCGAUCUACAAAGUGUUCAAUGAGACUGAGUGCCCGUACUCCCGAGACACCUGUGACCCUAAGACUUUCAACACCUCCAAUGCCUCAUCUGCAUGUGCUGAUGCACAAUGUCUGUUCGCCUUUUAUGGAGGAGAGACGUACUACCACAAGUACCUGAUCUUCCUCCAGUUCUACAACCUCUUCCUUUUCUUCUGGUGCGCUAACUUUGUGACGGCACUGGGCCAGGUCACCCUGGCCGGGGCCUUCGCCUCCUACUAUUGGACCUACAAGAAACCCGAAGACCUGCCGGCGUACCCCAUCUUCUCGUCCCUUGGACGGGCGCUCAGGUACCACACUGGCUCCCUGGCCUUUGGUUCUUUGAUCCUCGCCAUCGUCCAGGUCAUCAGGGUUCUGCUGGAGUACCUUGAUCACAAGCUUCAAGGGGCCCAGAACAAGUUUGCCAAGUUUCUGCUGAGCUGUUUGAAGUGCUGCUUCUGGUGCUUAGAAAAAUUCAUCAAGUUUCUCAAUAGAAACGCCUACAUCAUGAUGGCGAUAUACGGAAAAAGCUUCUGCACAUCUGCCCGGGAUGCCUUCUUUCUCCUGAUGAGGAACAUUAUCAGGGUGGCAGUCCUGGACAAGGUCACAGACUUCUUACUUUUUCUGGGCAAACUUCUAAUUGUUGGCCUUGUAGGAAUCAUUUCAUUCUUAUUCUUCUCUGGGAGGGCCAGAGCCACCAUGGAUUCAGGCUUCACUCUUAACUACUACUGGGUCCCCAUCCUGACGCUGAUCGUGGGCUCCUACCUCAUCGCUCACGGAUUCUUCAGCGUGUACGCCAUGUGUGUGGAUACGCUCUUCCUCUGCUUCUGCGAGGACCUGGAGAGGAACGAUGGCUCCACGGAGAGGCCUUUUCUCAUGUCUCCGGAGCUCCAUGACAUUCUCCUCUUGGAUAAGAUGGCGGACACGGCACCCCUGGAAGAAGUGGACACGCAGCACCCAGGAGAAGGAGAAGAACGGGAAGCAGAAAAAGACAAAGAAGAUCAAGAAAUACAGCUGAAGCAACAAGGGAUACAGAUGCAGGAGAAGGAGAAGGAAACGGUCCAGGACGCGGUCCAAGAGACGGCUGGGGAGACCAUCCAGGAGACCAUCCAGGAGACCGUCCAGAAGACCGUCCAGGAGACCACCCAGGAGACCGUCCAGGAGACCAUCCAGGAGACCAUACAGGAGACAGUCCAGGAGACAACCCAACAAAAUGCCCAGGAAUAGUAGUGCAGAGAUCUGUGGAGGAUUUAGAGCGUAAUGAUGGCAGCAUGGAGAGGCCCUAUUUCAUGCCCGAGAACAUGCUCAAGAUCCUGAAGAAGAACAACCAAGGGAAGACUGUGGAAUAGACCAUGGAUGCAGGAAGGAGUAGGGGCUGAGCGAAAGCAAGAGCAGUCCUCUUUAGCUGCCAUGUUUGUAUAUAGAGGAAUAUAUCUCAUUUCUGGGCGGAAGGACGGUCGCUGUAUCACGGGCAGGAUUCUUUGGCCUGUAGUAUUUAUUUCGAUAAGCGCACGCUGAAGAGAUGUCUACAGUAUCCGUAAAGAAGAGCUGAAGUAUAAUUUUUUUUCUGUCUAUUUGAGAUUUUAGUUGUUUUGUUUACUGUUUAGUAUUUUUUUUACUUAUAAAUGAGCAAUGCUUUUUUCCACUGUGAUACCAAGGUCAUUCACAGUUGAAUCUGCCUUAACGUUACUCUUGAGGGGAAAAUGUCCUUGUUCACGUGCAAAACAAUGAUUUGUUUAAUUAGUUUAGCGAUUGUAAAUGCCAGCAGUAACCCUACCUCAGAUUAGUUUGGUUUAUGGAUUGUCACCUUAUUACAUCUGAAAAAUGUCCUUUUCCUAAUUUUCUGUUUUUGCUGUUAAUUAUCUUUCAGUUCACGUUUUUGCACGAACUAUUACACAAGGUCAAUGUUUGAGAUGUAAAGCCAUUUACUGAAACUUGUACUUCUACAUUUCCAGAAUAAAUGUUAAUCUCUUAGUUUUUUUUUAUAGUAUAUCCUGGACAUUGCAUAUAAUUUGUAUAUAAGCCCUUAGUAACCAAAGGCAGAAGUAAAUAUGAUCAGUGUUAACCUGAGAAGUAAAAUAGCAGCCAUAUAUCCACAGGCAAGGCAUCCGUUAAGCAGACAUUGUGUAUGUUUAAAUAUAUAUGUGUAGAUCUCUGAAUGGCUCAUUGCAUCCAAAGUUGGAGUUGCAUGGUUGUGUAUGAAUCUUUUUGCACUUGAUAUGCUCUCUAUUACCUGGCUUGUUUGUUAAUUUUUUUUAACAAGAAAUAAAAGGCUUUCCAAAUA